AUAUAAAAUUAUUAAACUAAAAUUACAAAAAUGUGCACAGAAUAAGUCUUCAAUUCAAAUAUAGUUUAUAUGUUUAAACUUUAUUUUUAUUACCUUGCACCGUUGGACAUUUCUAGAUUUUUCUGAUUUAACCAGUAAAACUGAUCCCCCGGUUUAUUAUAAUCAAAUAAAUAUACGUCAAGAACCGAAUAUUUCGGGUUUUCUAAAUUUAUAAUGUGAAAGGUAAACAUAUUUGGGGACUACGUUUUCGCAAAGGCAUUUUAAGAGUAAAUAUGGGAAUAUGAACUCUUAUUUUUUUAUCUCCACAGUAAAUAAUCAUGAGACCUAUCUGUGUGGGGAUUUCUUUGUUUGUUGCUGAGGGUAAAUAAAUGAUUCCCAUGACUUCCACUCUUUGGCUCUCUCUCACCGCAACUUCUCAUCUCUCCUCUUUGCAUCUCUUAAUUUCAUAUAAAUGGUUGGCUGGUUGAACUGUUUUUUUCUUUGUAUUUUACUUGCUUAAGUUUUAUGUAUGGUGGGACGCGAGAGUGUAUAUAAGAGAGAAAGAGAGCACUCUACGUGGUUGUGGCUAUGCUUUGCCAGACCAAACUGUGCCUGUGUAUUUUUGCAAAAGGCUUGUUGGCUAAAAUCAUGAAAAUCGAAUCGUCAGUCUACAUCAAAUGAUGAAACUGUGCUCAUCUUGCAGAAGCUCUAAUCUGCUAAAUAUUGUGAUUGAUCAACGUCUUAGAAUUGACACCUGUCGAUAUCUUAUCGAGAUACUAUCGCGUCGUAUAACGGGCGAAUAAAGCCGCGGAACUAACUUAAUUUAGUGGGCAAAAAAAAAAAAUAAAUAAUUUUUUUGUUGGCUAAUUGUUGAAGAAAUCGGUUAUCAAGUUUUAAAUACAACAAAAACAGCAACACCAGCAACAGCACAAAUCAAACUCACACAAAACACUUUUGGAAUAUACCGAAGAACGCGAAGAAGAAGAAGCAGCAGCAACUCUGAACAUAUAGCGAAGACGACAACGACCAGUCGAGUACGUCGGAAUAUAAAAACAAAAGCAAAGUGAAGGAAUUGAAAGUAUUAUUCCGUGUAUAGAUUGUGAACCGCAAAAAAAAGAAAGAAAGAAGCAAAAAAAAAAAACAAA